AUCCAACAGCAAAUACUUUGAAACGAACAGCAAUUGAGGUAGCACCGAAGCUCACUAAACGCGCGCGUUCAAUAUCUAACUCUUCUUUAAUGCCAGACGUGUCAACAAAGUUAAAAUCAAAAGAAAUAUUAUCUGAAAUUCAUGAACAACUUCAGUCCAAAGCUUCCAAGCAAAGAGCUACCAUUCUAACAAAAUACUUGCGUGUGGUGGAAUAUGGAGAAGGCGAUAUUUUAAUGGGCGUGAAAGUACCUGAUGUGCGCACUAUAUCCAAAAGCCUGGGUUUUUUGUCGUAUUCAAUUUUAAAAGAGCUUAUUCAGUCAAAAUAUCACGAGGAAAGACUAUUAGCAGUUAUAAAUAUAGUGACAAAAUUUAAAAAUACUCAAGAUCCAGCAGAUCUUAUGGAAAUUUUUAGAUUUUUUAUCGAACAAAUGCGAGUAGGAGUUAAUAACUGGGACUUGGUUGAUUCGUCAGCAAGCCAGAUCGUUGGAGAUUUCCUAAAAGAUAAACCUGAUAUUAAAAAACUAUGGUUAUAUGAGAAACUAGCA